UCGUUCGGCACGGCGUGCCUCGGCCGCUGGGAGGACCGGCCCAGCCGCUGCCGCCAGUCCUUCGUGUGGCUGGCCGCAGAAAUGGCCGACAACCACUCGACGGGUGUCUGCGUCUGGGACGCGAUGCGGACCACCGGCGUGGGGGGCCUCCGGCUCGACGCCGACAGCAGCAGCAGCAGCGACAGCGACAGCGGCAGUGACAGCGACAGCGACAGUGACAGUGACAGCGACAGCGGCAGUAGCGGCAGCAGGGAUCUGUCUAUCGAAGACGAUUCUGAGUCUGUUUACACUUGCACUACCGAUCCUAAUGGCGGGUACGACAGUGACUCACGGCACGAGUUCGUGAUGAUGACGAAUCCCAAGCCGAAACUGUACAUCAAGAAGAAAUGCGGCCAGGAGCGAGCCGACAUUCGAGACUUUGUGGGGAUCGACAUGAUGUUCAUCAAACAAGUGAAGAUGAGAGCGAUCAACUGGUUCAACUGCUCGCUGUGGAACACAAUCAGCGACCAGAUGGUGUAUCGAGACUCUUACGGCGACAUCAAUGACUACAGCUCGGUUGCGGAAGAGUCACAAGAUAGAGAGGAAUGUGAUGUGACAUCUGCGGAGGAGAAGGACAACGGCAAGCCGGAGCAGCAGAAGCUGUCCGUGUUGUUAGGAGCGCUGGCCAUCCUUAACCCGGAUCGGCCGGACCUGGCCCGCACCGCCCCGGAGAAGGUGAUGUCGAGCCUGGAGACGGUGCUGGCGUGCGCCGACCGCCUGCCCGCCGACCGGGUCGUGACGGCGCUGGUCGCGCUCGAGCUGUACGCGUGGCAGGUGAAGCUGCCGCCCAACCAGACCCUCCGGCUCACCGACAGCCGCGCCUCGAUGUCCGUCGCCGCCGGCGUCAAGGCCGUGCUCUUCAACGUCGCCAAGCAGAUCGAGAUCGUGUCAGCCGAGGAGUCGGGACUGAACGCUGUAGCGAUGGCUGACAACGAGGCCGUGGAGGCGGCGGUGGUGCUGCCCCCGGGGGUGGCGGCUGGGGGCAAGCGUGUCGCCACAGCGUUGAUCCGGGAGAGUGCCGUCCACGAGGUCUUCCUCCAGCCGGGUCUCCAGCUCAACACCAACGUGCUCAGCGUCCAGGCGGUGCUGAACGGCUCUGGAGAGGUGGACAUCGUGCUGAGGAAUAGCAACGUGGCCAUCCGCAGGCGGCGCUGCGGCUACUGGAACCUCAACACCUCCACCUGGGACUUCGACAACUGCAGGCUCAUCUCCAGGGGGAAGGUGAGCGACGUGUGCCGCUGCCGGCACCUGACGCACUUCGCUCAGCUGGUGACGGACGCGGACGUGGCGUGGCUGGGGCACGAGGGCACGCUGACGGCGCUGUCGGUGGCCGGCGUGUCGCUGUCGCUUGUGGGCGCCCUCGGCUUCGCGGCCACUGCGCUGGUGGCGGGCGAGUGGCGGCGGCGCGCCGGCUCGCGCGCGCUGCUGCAGCUCGUGCUGGCCACGGCGCUGCGCGACGCCUGCUUCGCCGCUGCCGCCUCCGGCCUCGGCUCCGGCGCCGCCCCCGGCGCAGAGCCGUACGCGCAGUCCGAGCCGGGGGCGCUCUGCGUCGUCGUGGGCGUCGCGCUGCACUAUAGCCUGCUGGCCGCCGCCUGCUGGGCCACCGCCGCCGCGGCGCUGCAGGUCCUCCGCUUUGCGACCAUCGCCGGCGCCCAGGCUUACCCUCACACGGUGCUGGUCUGCGCACUGACGGCAUGGCUGAUGCCGCUGGUGCCGGUGCUGGGGGCGCUGGCGGCACUCGGGCCGCAGGGCUACCAGUUGCGUGAGGACUCUGCGGCUGGAGCGCUCUGCUUCCCUCAGGGCGCCGCCUUCUAUACGGCCGUUCUGGUGCCCUCCACGCUCUGCUGCCUCGCCAGCGCCACAGCCUUCUUCUGGCUGCUCUUCGUCGUUCUCUUCCCCUUCGGGCGGGCAAAAUCCGUUGCUGCUGCCUCCAGACACGGGCCGUCGAUGCUGCGACGCCGGCUGAUGACGGCGGUGAUGCUGUUCUUCCUGCUGGGCGUGCCGUGGGCGCUCGGACCCCCCGCUAGGACCCUGUGGCUCGCCUACCUCUUCUGCAUCACCGCCACGCCGCACGGGCUGGUGUUGUUCCUGUUCUUCGUGCUCGGGGAACCACAGCUGCGCGCCAAGUGGUGGGCUACCUUCCAGUCGUGGCUGCCUGCAGACACUUGCUACCUUGACAAGAUGGCGGCCAGGAGCUCGCAGGGCCGGUCCUCGUCCACCACCACCACCACCACCACCACCGCCGCUACAGCAGCUGUGGCCCCACCAGUCAAGGAGCAUGCCGCUGUGUCCGCCUCGGCCAGCUUCUCCAGUGAGAGGGCCAACAGCUCUGUCUCCAUCAGCAGAUACUGAACGCCGUCCACAGCAACAACUAGUACUGCCGUGUGUCACGCGUGCUGAGGCGUCAGACUUCAGACAAGGGAAAGAAAUAGUUCUUCAAGUGACCAGAAUGCACCGUGUCCUCGUUCAUUACCUACACUAUUUAAAACUAUGAGAGAUUCAAAGCCAUUUGUUUCUUUUGCAGUGGAUCGAAACUUAUUACAGGUCAACGUUCAAAUGUAUGGAAUGUGACUUACAACUAUAUCAACAAGUAUUAACAUAUGACAGUAGAUGUAUACCAAAGAUUUACGCAUGAAUUUAAAGCAGACAAACUGGAGAUGAGGUAUCUCACAACUGAUUGACAGCCAUCUCAUCUACUUUUUGCAGAUCAGAUUCCUUACAUUUCUAGAAAUAUUGAAUAAAAUUAUGUGUUUGUGAACAUUGAUUCUCUUGUCCCCGAUUUACGUGUCCACAAAUAUAAAAGUGUAGAGAAACGAAUCGGUCAGUCCAGGUUUUCGUAGUAUGACAACGAUCUUCAUUGUUGCCUAAUCAUUUUCAUGUGGCUCAUAGUCACAUGUUCAUGGACGGACAGUGAAAUGAAUAUUUUUGAAAUUUUAUUUACUGUACACAUCUAGAUAAAAACAGUACUACCAAAAAGGAAUACCAGUAUGUGCAUAUAAGGGGCAGUCAAAUGAAAAUGCCACAGUUGGAAGAAAGUAAGUAAAGUGUUUAUUAUUUAAAAAGUAAUCGCCAUAGCUGUUAAUACAUUUAUCCGACUGUAAACCAAAGCGGGCAGUGCCUUUAUAGAAAAAUGUAUGCGGUUUCGUACAGAAUCAUGAAUGUAUCCAGGUGUGCGUCUCU